AUGUCUACCAACAAAAACACCAAUACGCAAAACUUUAACGAAUUCUUGAGGAGAACUAGCAACAGGUUGAGAGGAGGUUCUGUUCCUCCACCUGAUUCUGAAGUUGUCGUUCCUACUCCUGUUGUCCAAAACCUUCGAGGAUCAGUAGAAAGUCUGCGUGGUCGUGGUCGUGGUCGUGGUCGUGGUCGUGGAACUCCUGCUGCUUCUACUAGGAAUGCUACCCAGAAAUCAGCCACUCCGGUUGUUACUUUAACUGUACCCGGUGAAGAAAACCGCACCUCUGUUGACCAACAUAGGAACGAAGAUCAGAAUGUAGACGCUACCGAAGCAACUAUAACCGACGUAACGCCUAGAGCUUCAACUACCUCAGUAAUUCAUUUGUCUGGUCUUUUAUCGAGAGAUAAUAUAAAUAACGUGACAAAUUUUGUUGUAGAGAUUACAAAUUCUCCCACUCGCAGAAAUGUAGCGUCUGGUGUUGGUGAAAGCCCCCCUCCUGGAUUCCACUCUUGGUUACAUGCAAAAGGACUCACCGUGAUCAGUAACCCAGGUUCGACUACGCCAGCAAUUCAUGGAUUAUCUACUGCUCUUGCUAAUAAGACUCCUGCAAAUCGAUCGUCUGACGCUGGUCCUAAUACAUCUAAAGACAAACAUGUUCAAAAGAAAGUCACCAACCAAGUUGAUUUGACCAAAGAUGACGAUGAGCCCACCAAAACCGAAAAGAAGAAGGUGGAAGUGAGCGAUACUGGAAUCGAGGCUGACGGAUUGGUAGCUUUGUUACCUUACUUUGAUUCAAAAAUGAAGGUUUUUGAAGGAUAUAUCCCCCUGUCUAUACUUAAUACGCGAUGGUUGAAACUUGCUUUAGUUCGCCAGUCUCAGAAGAUCGUAAAGAAGAAAGACAGUGAAGACGAUCGUUACAACGGCUUACCUAUGCCAGAUGAAUGGAAGAUGGAAUUUGGAGAAUGGAUAUCAGAUUUCGAUUUGUUCCUCUCCUAUAUUCGUUAUUAUGGACAUGGAGAACUGGCGAACCGUUUCGUGACUCAUCGAGAGAAUGUGUUGGCUAUUAAAAGAGAGAAAGUUUCAUGGAUUAUGGCGUUUAGAUAUGAUCAAGCUAUUAGAUGUAGUGUGAUGACCUUUAAAAACGCAGAUGGAAAAUUAGCCAACCCAGCAGUUAGAGAUGAGACUAAAGAACGUGAAGCUAGGAACGAAACCGAACGGUUAGGGGAUUUUCAACCUAGGUUUCAAGACAUCAAUCCAUACGCUGAAGGUCAAGCAAAAUCGAAUGUUAAUCCAAUCACCGGGGAUUAUAACCCCUUCGGGACACAAAAAUCGUACACGGGCGCAAAUGCUAAUUUAAAUCAGGCAACUCACUACAGUAAGCCCAAUGCUCGGUCUUGGCAACAUUUUAAUCAACAAUCCUCCUUCGAAGGCUCAGGAAGUGCUACUUACGGACAGAAUUAUCACAAUUGGGAGGAUCAUAGAGGAGAUGGUCGCCAAGUGAGAGGUCGAGGUCGUGCCGGUGGUUAUACCGGAAGCGGUGGAAGUCGUGAAUUUGAUCGAAAUGGUGGUGGUAGAGAUAAUGAUCGAUACCCUAAUAGAAGAGGUGAAGGUAGCGGGUCCUGGCGCCAAGAUGAAAGACGCGAUGAGCGCAAUAGAGAUGUGACUGGUCCUAAAUACGGGGGAGGCGGAAAGGCAAAGUAA